ACAAAUUACUCUUCCUUGUUUUUAGAAUGGCUUUGUAGUAACGCAUGUAGGACGCAAGUACGCAUUUAUUUAGAAGUAUUUCGUAUUGUUUAAUAGAUAAUAUAUGAUUUCGAGUGUAAACAACUUACGUAUUUUAGAAGCUAACAUUCACGAUGGGUUUACUUACGAUUUUAAAGAAGAUGAAGCACAAGGAGCGCGAAAUGCGACUACUGAUGCUAGGGCUUGACAAUGCUGGGAAAACAACCAUCCUGAAGAAGUUCAAUGGCGAAGAUGUCAGCACUAUUUCUCCAACGUUGGGAUUUAACAUAAAGACACUUGAGCAUAGGGGGUUUAAUCUGAAUAUCUGGGAUGUGGGAGGUCAGAAAUCAUUGCGAUCGUACUGGAGGAAUUAUUUCGAAAGCACAGAUGGACUGGUGUGGGUAGUGGACAGUGCUGACAGGUUGAGAAUGGAGGACUGCAGAAGAGAGUUGGAUGUUUUGUUACUAGAAGAACGAUUAGCAGGAGCCACUCUGUUAGUGUUUGCCAACAAACAGGACCUGCCUGGUGCUUUGUCAAAAGAUGCCAUACGAGAGGUUUUAUCCCUUGAUGACAUCAAGACCCAUCACUGGUGUAUAGUGGGAUGCAGUGCUGUGACUGGUGAGAACCUGCUGACAGGUGUGGAUUGGCUACUUGAUGAUAUAGCAGCUCGGAUCUUUACAGCUGACUGACGGACUGAGCAUUUCAACACAAAUAACGGACAGUACAGAAGGUUCCUGCUGAACUUGCUUUAUGCAAAUAUUUUUCAGAGACCUACUAGCUAUACAACCAACAGGGUUGAGUCCACCAACAAAGCUGCUUUCUGUUAAGUUUUUGGCUGCGUGUGAAGUGCUGAGCCCCAAGGAAAUACACACAAAAUUACAAUACGCUUGCUUUAAAAAAAUGAAGUUAAUUUUCCAUGUAACUAAUAUAUGUAGUGUUUGGUUCAUUGUUUUAUUAAACCUGAAAAAUGUUAACAUCACUGCAACGUUGCAAAGAAGUUGCGUUGGAUCCUACAGUUUAAAACUUGAGAGGCAAAACCCUUUAAUUGUGUCUGACAAAUUAGCUUUUUUUUAUCAGGCUCUAAUGAAUAGGUUCAGUAGUUUUACUUUAAUGGCAAUGAAAAGGUUAUUGAUCAGAAGUUGAAAUGCCUUAUUUUCAUAAAUAUCACUUUAGUCAUUUCAUUGGUAUUUCAUAAAUUUGACUCUUUCAUUACAAAACCCUUGCGCAAAAAAGUAUUCUGUCACUCUUCACUGUCCAUAUAUGAAGAGUUUCGUUGCAAAACGAGAUAACUCAGUUUUUUUAAUUUUUCAGAAAUCUCGUUUUUUGGUUGUGCAUUCCAAUUAAUAUCAAUAGGCUUUAUGCCCAGCUGCACUACUUCCUGAACUUCAGCCGGUUCCUUGUUUCCUGUCUGCCAUUAUUGGACAAAUUGAUUAAUCCAGGUGUGCCUGACAUCAGUAGUCACAACAACAAUAAUCAGACACACCUGGAUUAAUCAGUUUGUCCAAUAAUGGCAAACAGGAAAUAAGGAACCGGCUGAAAUUCAGGAAGUAGUGCAGCUGGGCAUAUAGCCAAUUCAACUGCAGUUGGUUUGUUUUGAUUUAAACCUUCAUAACUUAAAAAAUACAGCUAAGUAGCACCAUAAAACAAAAUAAUAACAUGAUAACAUAAUAAUAAACAUGUUUUGACAAAAGUGUUAAAAAUGGAGUUAACUCGUUUUGCAACGAAACUCUUCAUAUUUAGCCUAUGUUUAACCCUCUUCAAGUUGUUUAUUUUUUAUUGUUUUGUUUGAGAUACUUGAGUUCACCACUGCAUGUAUCAUUGGAUAUCUCAAAAGUUCAUUUACAUGCUUUUAUUUCUGGCAAAAGUUGAUCUUUUUUAAGCAUCAUCAUUUGGCAGACGUGUAUAUUUCUAAUACAAAUCAUGCCAUUAGCUAACACGUAUCCAUUUAUUGAGCACCAAUUACAAGUUUUGAAUAGCAUAACUGCCUUAUUUAAGUUUCCACUUUGUGAGUAUUAGAGCAGAAAUCUGUAAGUGUCAAGAUUUAGAUUUAGUAAGAACAAAAAUGACCAAUUGCUCAAUAUUUUCUUAGACAACCUCAUAGUCAAUCAGUAAGGCUCAAUUAUGAAUUUCAAUACUUUAAACAAGCCACCUCUUGAAUAGUAUAUUUUCUUUAAGAAGUUAAGCAGAUGCCCAAACAAUUUGGGGUGGUUUCCUGGACAGGGAUUAGACUAGUCCUAGACUAAAUAAAUGUAAGAGCUGUCCAAACUCAAAACAACUUGCACUGACAUAUCUUAAAAUACAUCAGUGCCUCUUGUUUUCCCUCAAAAUGCACACAAGUAAUGUUUUUAGUCAGGCAUGUUUGUUAAAACUAGUUAUAUUUCCUAAUUAAAAUAAGACCUAGUCCUGGCUUAAGAUAAUCCCUGUCCGGGAAACCACCCCUUUAAGUUGUAAUAACAUUAAACCCUUAAAUCCAAUCCUCAAGUGUUUAUUGACCCACAGAAUCAUUCACUACACUCAUCGUUAAAUUUUAAGAGUUAGACCUUUAGUUUCUGAAUUUCCCACAAUCUGCGUCUUAAAGUAAAAAGAGAAAAUUGUUUUAUGAAGGUGAAAAGGUGUAUUGGGUCACAUAGACCCAAGGUAAUGUAAUAACAC